CCGUGCCCCCAUCCUCGAGGGGAACUUCCAUCCCCGGAACUCAGGAGGUUCUCGAAGCUCAGAGUCCGGCGGCGGGAGGAUGUUUUUGCGUUUCGGUGACGGAGAGAAGGCAGGAUGCUCCCCUCCACCACCGUGACCGGGUGGGACAACGGCAGCACCACUCAGCUGCCGGCCACCGGGCCACCCUCUGACAUGAACAUCUCCGUGCCGCAUCGCUGCCUGCUCCUGCUGUAUGAGGACAUUGGCAAAUCGCGGGUGCGAUACUGGGACCUCAUGCUGCUGAUCCCCAACGUGCUGUUCUUCGCUUUCCUGCUCUGGAAGCUGCCCUCUGCCCGGGCCAAGAUCCACGUCACCUCCAGCCCCAUCUUCACCACCUUCUACAUCCUGGUGUUUGUGGUGGCUCUGGUGGGUAUCGCUCGGGCCGUGGUAUCCAUGACAGUCAGCGCCUCAGAUGCCGCCACAGUGGCCGAUAAGAUCUUGUGGGAGAUCACCCGCUUCUUCCUGCUGGCAAUCGAACUGAGUGUGAUCAUCCUGGGCCUCGCCUUUGGCCACCUGGAGAGCAAGUCCAGCAUCAAACGGGUCCUGGCCAUCACCACAGUGCUGUCGCUUGCCUACUCGGUCACUCAGGGGACCUUGGAGAUCCUGUACCCUGAUGCCCACCUUUCGGCUGAGGACUUCAAUAUCUAUGGGCAUGGUGGGCGCCACUUCUGGCUCGCCAGUUCCUGUUUCUUCUUCUUGGUCUACUCACUGGUGGUGAUCCUCCCCAAGACACCCCUGAAGGAGCGGAUCUCACUGCCGUCCAGGAAGAGUUUCUACGUCUACGCAGGAAUCCUGGCCCUGCUGAAUCUGCUUCAGGGGCUGGGCAGCACUCUGCUGUGUGUGGACAUCAUCGAGGGGCUGUGUUGUGUGGACGCGACCACCUUCCUCUACUUCAGCUUCUUUGCCCCCCUCAUCUAUGUGGCCUUCCUCAAGGGCUUCUUUGGCAGCUCAGAGCCCAAGAUUCUCUUCUCCUACAAAUGCCAAGUGGACGAGCCCGAGGAGACGGACGUGCACCUCCCCUACCCCUACGCCGUGACCCGGAAGGAAGGGACCGACACCAGCUGCUACUCCAGCACCCAGAUCGACACGGCCGCCUACUUGGACGACGUGGCGUCCAUGCCUUGCCACGUGGGCAGCGUCGACAGCGUCGACAGCGAACGCUGGAAGGCCAUCAACGCCUGAAGCUCCCGGGGCCGGCCCUGCGCAAACCUGGGAGUCGUGGGACCCUCUCUCCGAGCUUCACCCCUCAGGGGUGUUUCCUCUUCAUCCCAUCUCCCUGCCGGCCACGGUCCAACCCCUCCCUGGGCAGGAGGUGGCUCUCGAAGACUGUGGCCACCUUCCUCCCUGCCCUCUCCCUGUUCUCCGUUGGGAGAACGUGACUGCUGCUCUCAGGGAACUGGACUUGACUUCCUUUUCCCGGGCCUGGAAAGAGAAGGGAGAACCACCCUCCCCGAGGCAAAGGGUGCCCUGGGGUAUUGAAUUCCUCUGGGCCGCGAGGGUUGGCAAGUAGAACCGACUCGGGGCCCAGAUGCCAUCUGGAGAGCCGUGAGCGCGGGCCCCACCGACUGGGGGAGAUGAGGCCUACUGGAAAGAAUUCGGUGCCUCAGGCUGAGGGCUGCUUGUUUGGCGGUGGGUCCCCACCGGCCAGAACUCUGCCAGACUUUUGGCAGAGGCCAGGUGCCUGAUGGACCUAGAGGAAGGACUCAGGGAAAUAAGUGAUGGCUGCUUGGCGGGUUGGGGGGAGGGGUGCCCCCGACUGGGGGUUCAUUUCUUCAGGGUUUCAUUUUGAAGGAGGAAAAAGUUCAAACCUGACUGUCGACGCCAGGCAGGACCACUCUGGGAAGGUUGCGAGGGAAUUGGAGAAGGGAUGAGAACCCACUCGGUGGGGGGGAAACCGUCCUCUGCCUCUCCGGGCCCCUCUGGAUUUUGCCCUGGGUUUGGGGCCCGGACGGGAGCGGACCGUGACCUUUCCACCGGCGGCAGAGAGGGGAGGCAGGGGAGAAGCAACGGGAGAGGAAAUCCGUUGGGUUUCUCAGUUGGGCCCCUUUACUCUCUGCUGCUGAGAUCAUUUCGGCAGGGCCAGGUUGGAAAGCAGUAAACUGGCAGGAGUGCCCGCAGCGCCCGCCCCCCCAGCCCUCCACUGAGGUCUACAGCGUCGGAAUUGGGGACGAGGUAAAGGAGUCGGGGAGGAGGACAGUUCCUCAUUUUAAAAAUGGAUUUCCCUGACUGUGCUUUUAUUUCAAAAGUUCUGUAGGAUCCUUAUGGCUGGGUUGAAUCAUUCCACUUGGGGUUGGGGAUGAAAGAGAGGCGACGAGGCCCAAGUCCGGUCCUACUGUCCCCUCCUCCCCAGCUUCAGUCUGAUUUUCCUUUCCACCUCCAUAGUCCCCUGUUGCCAAGGUUCUUCUUAAUCGCAGAACCCUCACCCCCAAUUCCUGUUGCUGCAGUAUUGUGGCCCCACCGGGUCCAUGGGAUGGGGGUGGGGGGGAACCUGUGUAAAAUGAGAAGAGUUGUGUCUAUUUUUAUGUAUGUUUAAAAAAAAAACAAAAACAAAACACAUUAAAAAAACCACAAAAAAACAAAAACCUCUCAAUAAAAAAAGUGUGUGGAAACUGGAA